AUGCGCCUGCUGAACCUCUCCGGCUGGAGCAUCAAGCGCAUGCUCCGGCUCGAGGAGGCCCUGUUGCGACACGAGGGCGGCAACUGGUGCCUCGUCAACGCGCUGCCGGCGGGGAGCAAGACGCACCCGACGGCGCCGACGGUCGUCGUGGGCCUGAGCGGCAAGCCCGAGCUGCUGCUGGACGAGGCGAAGCUGCGCGCGGCGCCGUGGCCGGGCGUCGACGUCGUCCGGCGGUUCACGGGCGGCGGCACGGUCGUCGUCGGCGGCGGCACGGUCGUCGCGUCGCUCGUCGUGCGCAAGGACGACGCGCCCUGCGAGCCCUUCCCGCGGGACAUCAUGGCCUGGACCGAGGGCGUCUACGCGGACGCGUUCGGCUCCGUGCUCAAACCGGGCGCGGCGUUCUCGCUCCGGGCCGACGACUACGUCCUCGGCGGCGACCGCAAGGUCGGCGGCAACGCCCAGUGCAUCUCCAAGGACAAGUGGAUCCACCACACGUCCUUCCUCUGGGACUACGACCCGGAGCACAUGGCGUUUCUCGCGCUGCCGGCGAAGCGGCCCGAGUACCGCGGCGACCGCGACCACGGCGCGUUCCUGUCGCGCCUCCGCGACCACGUCGCCGACGAGCGGGACCGCGACGCGAACCGCGGCGCGGCCGUGCUCGGCCAGGGCCUCGCGGCCGCGCUCGCGCCCCACUUCGACGUCGAGGCGGCGACCGCGUCGAAGCCCGAGGGCAUGAUCGAGGCGCUCAAGGCCGAGGCGCGGCGCGACGCCGGCGGCUGGAAGCCCGUCGACUUCCCGCCGCCCUAG